UGGGAUUUUGUUUUGGUUUUUCUCCAACUCCUAGCUAAGUGUAGCUUGCUGCUGUAGAGCUGCUGAUAUUUUAUUUCUGAUGUUUUUUUUUCUUUAAUUGACAACUACAGAAGAUGAAGAAGUUCUUUGACGACUUUAAAAAGGACAUAAAAUUUAAAUCUGCAGGACCCGGGAAGAAGUUAACGGAAGAUGCAAGCAGCAAGCCUGCGGUGGCGCCGAGCAGCUCCAGCAGCAAGCAGAGUCGGCAUGCUCCCAGCCAAGGAGCGCAGAUGGCAGGGGCCGCGGCCCUGGCCCGGAUCGAGCAGAAGCAGCGGCCCAAGGUGCACACCUCCCAGGACGCUAUCAGGAACCAGGUUAAAAGAGAACUGGAGGCGGAGGCAGCAGCUCUGGCUGAGAAGGAAAAUGCAGUCACAGCUGAGGGAUCCAAAGUGAAAGACGCGGCCUGCCUCUCUGUGUCCGGCGUUUACUUCACCUGCCCUCUCACCGGAGCCACGUUAACCAAGAGUCAGAGGGAGGUGCACAUUAAAGAGGCCAUUCUGAUGCGCUUCGAGGAGGACGAUAUCGAGGCUUCUGUUAUGAUGGUCCACACAUUUAACAAAGACAGAGAGAAAGUGAAGGCAGCUGUGGACAUCAUCAGCAAGUAUGUUGACAAUAUAUGUAAGAAUCCAUCAGAGGAGAAAUACAGAAAGAUAAAAGUUAGCAACAAGGUGUUCCAGGAAAAAGUAAGUCCUGUGGAGGGCAGUCGGGAGUUUCUGCAGGCUGUGGGCUUUAUAAGUGUUAUGCUUCCUGUAGAGGCCCAAGAGGAGGAAGAGGAGUUCCUGGUGUUGCCGGAGCAGAGUGACGACGCCCUGGAGCUGAUGAAGGAGCGGAGGGACCGCCUUCAGAGGGGAGAGCCGGUCAGAGCCCAGCUGGACCGGCAGCCUCAGGCUUUCCGACCGUCUCCCAACGCGCAGCGCUUCGAGCUGCCGCCCGAGUUCUACAACCUGUCGGCGGAGGAGCUGAAGAAGGAGCAGCAGCAGAGAACUGAACUGGUGGAGAAGAACGCCAUGCUUCGCACAAAAGCCAUGAGGGAGAGGGAGGAGCAGAGGGAGAGAAGGAAAUACAACUACACCCUGCUCAGAGUCAGACUGCCUGAUGGGAACCUGCUGCAAGCCACGUUUUAUGCCUGGGACCGUCUGCCGGCACUCUUUGAAUUCGUCCGGGAGUCUCUGGUGGACGGCUGGCAGCCGUUUGAGCUCAUCGCCCCCGGAGGGCAAAAGCUGCAGGAGUCUGAGGAGGUCACUCUGGUCGAAUGUAACUUGGUGCCCGCUGCCCUGCUCACGUUUGCCUGGGAUGCAGCCGUGCAGGCGGACAUUGCCGCUGCAGGCGGGAAGAGCUCCGCCGCCCUCCUCAAACCGGAGCUACUGGAGAGAAUUCAAACCCUGAGCUGAGCGGAGCGGAGAGAGGGCGCCCUCUGACCCCUACUACCGCCUCCCUCUUCCUCACUCGCUGCCGAGGUGAAGUUGCCCCUUGGAGCAGUGCUGUAUUUAUUUUUACAAAUUCUACUUAAAGUUAAAGAUAGUAGCGCGGCAACUUCACCCUAAGGGAUUUGUUUUAAACCUACCCCUCUCUCUCUCUCUCUCUCUCUCUCUCUCUCUUCAUGCGGGGACGCAGUCGCCCUCCGACAUGUCUCAGCAACCAUUUCUAUUAAAGGAGAGACACUACUAACAUGUGACGGACAUGUUUGUCUACGUUUCCCCCCUCGGUGUCUCGGCUCAUUGUAGAAGUUGCAUAGUUCGGUUCGGUUCAGUGGUUGAAGCGACCGCUUUCUUUCGUCAGUGUUCAAGGUGAACUCCGUGUCGGCUGUGUGAACUCGUCACGUGACUCCGUAACUGUAAUCGCGCGCGUGAGCUCCCGCUGCCUGUUGGUCGUCCGCUCGGCCUUGGCGUGCCGCUCUUUCCUGUGUUGUACAGCAGAUGAAUCAGAAGUCAAAUAUUGUUUUUAUAUAUAUAUCAACCGGAGAGUUUAAUAUCUGUACUUAACGUCACGAUGCUGGCUUGUGCAUCUUAAUAAACUAGAGACACCUUGAAAAGGUUUGAUUCAGUUCGGUUAAUUAAAGCUUGCAGCUAUGAAAACCGCAAAUUUAGUUUCUAUUGACAUUAAAGCAGUCAUUAUUUCAAAUGUAUUUUGAUGGAAAUGUCUGCCUACUGAAGUAACUUUUCUAAUAUAUAUAUAUUCUUUUUUGCACUGACUUUCGACUUCAUAAAACUUCAAAUCAUCACUAACUGUGGAAACUUUCCACCCUUUCCUGAAGCAUCUUGGAUUUUGGGCAUCGCCACUCUGCCCUCCACACUCCAAAAUCGUAAUUCCCAAAUAAAUUGCAAAAUGUAAUUUUUGCAAUUUAUUUGGGUCAGUUGCUUUGGUCUCUGUCGUGUCUUGAAUCUCCUCCAACAAAUUAUUUCUGUAUUUUAAAAAAAAAGUAUUGAGAUUUUUCUCAGAAACUGAAUUUUUUGUUUUUUCAUGAGUUGCGAGACAUAAAUAUCAAACUUAAAAAAUAAAUGCCUGAAAUAAUCAGCUGAUGUUUGUUGGGCCUGCAAAGUAAGAGUCUGACUUCCUGAAUUUUAAAAUCACUGAAGAAUAAUUUAAUUGAUUGAGACACACCUGUACUUUAGCUGUUUACAGCACUUUGAAGGAUCAUUUAAGAACUGUAGGAAAUCAAAAGAUUUGUUUAUUUUGUAAUAAUACUCUGUUCGUUAUGACCACUAAGGGGAUAAAUGUUAAUAAUCCACAAACUAUUAUGGAUUUUCAGUAAAGCUUAUGUUGUUUCCAACAUUAAUUUUGCUUUUUUUUCUGAAAUGUGUUUUGUUCUACCUUGAAGUCUUGUGUUUGUUGAGGGUUUACAUUAAAUGUACGGGAACAAUCACCAAGUAGAGCUGCAACAGUAUGUUUAUUUUUUUUACUGCCUCACCUCACUCAGGUGUCGCUUUUUAUUUUCCGUUAACUUUGAGUUCAAUGAGACAAAAAAACAAAAAACAUCUUCACUCUGAGAUUCUUCUCUCUACAAUACAAAAUAUUUAAAUAACGUGUUCUCCGUGAAAAUCACAUCUCCACAUUUCAAUCUUCCACCUCAUAACUUGCAGGUUGGAUUGUUUUGCUAAUGAUUGGUGUAGAUAACGUUCUACCUCUCAUCAUUCAGACGGAUAAACCAUUAUUGCGAAUAAUUUUAACAUCUUCAUUUUAUGUUAUAUCCGACGCAGCUGCCAGUCAAAAGAGGACGAUUUUCCGUCGAAAUGCUGAUAUUUGUGAAGGAAACUCGCCGCUUGUUUCUCCACUCUUCCAGUUGUAGCUCGGCAACCCGCCACCAACACACACAUGGGUUUCAAUAUUUGAUCAGCAUUGUAACCUUCUUUAAUAAAUUAUUGAGCAGCUGUGAUUUAAAUGUCAUGCUUUGAGUUGUGCUGUUGCUUUUCAACCUGCCUGUUCUAAAGAGACUCCCUACUGCAUAUUUUUCUUUAAUAAAAGAAUCAUAAGUC